AUGAUCCAGUGUGUUUCGGGCACAAAGUUCAAGCUGGGGGGCAAAAUUGUGGACAUUGCCUCCGUAUCCUGUUCAACACGUUCGACGGGACAGGUAGUGAAAACGAGCUUAAGCUGUGCCGGUUCCGGUACUCUGUUCAACAUUGGAUUCAGGAUACCAAGCGUUGGAUUUGUGACGUACAUUCAGUCUUGCUACAACCUGCGGACAGCCUCAGUGAUCUACACACGACACGUGAUCCCUGGUGCCGCCAUUAAUUACGCCAUCCAAGAGUCCUAUCGGCCAUCGUUCAAGUCGACCGGAACCGCUCGGCAGGUCAAACCAGCAUCAUCAUACACCACCGCCCAGCAGGCCAUACGUUUCGCACAACUACUGGGGUCUCAGACACAAGCAAACCGCUACAUCAACAGCAGAUCGUUCUUGUCCCGAGGACACCUGGCUCCGGACGCGGACGGUGUUUUCCGGCAGUGGCAGUGGGCUACCUACUUCUACGUCAAUGUGGCCCCUCAGUGGCAGGCAACGAACGCUGGCAACUGGCUGACGGUGGAGAACGCCGCCCGUACGGUGGCCGCUCGGUUGGCAGAGGAUGUGCUGAUCUUCAGCGGUGUCCACGAUGUUCUGACGCUACCGCACGCCAAGGGGUAUCGGGUACCGAUCACGCUGGAAGCCGGUGGUAUUCAGGUGCCCAAGUGGUACUGGAAGAUUAUCAAAUCACCACGAACAAAUGCAGCCAUCGCUUUGAUCACCAACAACGAUCCAUUCCGAACGAGCAUCUCGACCGCGGAAAUGCUUUGCCAGGAUGUUUGCGCUCAGUAUGGGUGGAACAACGGGAACUAUAGAAACUUUGCCCGAGGAUACACCUAUUGCUGCACGGUGGCGGACCUACGCAAAGCUAUUCCCACUAUUCCGGCGGAAGCUGCUGCUGCCAGUGUUCUACAGUACCACGCGGUUUAA